CACCAUUUUAGAAAACGGAACAUGUGUAAUUUCAUUUUUCGACAUUCCACGACAAUUUUAUAAACAUAAAGAAAAAAAAAAAACAAAAUCUUUCAAAAAAAAAAAACACAAAAUUAUUAAGUAAUUUUAAAUUUGAAUUGAGUGAAGCUCAUCAACAGCGUGUUUUAGCAUUGAUUUUAUUUUAAAAGUGCUCAUUCGUUUAUGCAAUAAAUGACUGUACCGCUUUGCGUAACGUUAAAUGAUGGCAACAAAAUGCCAUCAAUCGGAGUUAACACGUGGAAUCUUGAUAUCGAGGAUCUGGAUUUCGUCAUAAAGGAGGCGGUAUUUGUUGGGUUUCGUCACAUAGAUACAUCGGUUUUCAAUUUAAACGAAAAACUAUUGGGAAAGGUGUUGAAAAAACUCAUGGAUGAAGGCAAAGUAAAACGAUCUGAUUUAUAUAUCACCACAAAACUCCCUCCUACAGCCAAUAAACCCGAAUUCGUGGAGACUGCAAUGCUACAAUCGUUGAAUAACUUGCAGCUGGAAUUCAUUGAUCUUUAUCUGAUACAGUUACCCGUUACAUUAAUGCACGACGAGAGUUUCGAAAUGAUAAAACGGCAGAAGGAUGGCUUAGUUUGUUUGGAUAAUACGGACCAUAUACUUGUUUGGAAGCAAAUGGAAGAUCUGGUCAUAAAAGGCCUGACAAAGUCAAUAGGUUUGGCUAAUUUCAACCAAAAACAGAUCACCAAUAUACUUUGUAAUUGCAGCAUUCCACCAGCUGUUCUACAAAUCGAAUAUCACAUUUAUUUACAACAACCUGAAUUACUGAAAUUUUGUCAGUUGCAUCAUAUUACAAUAACAUCAUUUGCAUCACUCGGUACGUAUGAUAUGCUGUCUUCCAAUUAUUUUAUGACUAAACGCUCGCGUUUGCCGAGUUUGCUGGAAGUGCCCGAAGUGCAAGAAAUCGCUAAAAAAUAUAACAAGACCGAAUCACAAAUACUUAUGCGUUGGAUUUUAGAGAAAAAUCUUUCGGCUUUAUUGCGAAUGCACAACUCCAGUCGUAUGCAUGAAAUUAUGGGUGUAUUUGAGUUUUCCAUUGGAAGUCAUGAUAUGAGAAAACUAGAUGCAUUAGAUAGAAACAUACGUUCCGUAGACUUCGGUUUCCUGAAUGGUAUUGAAAACCAUCCUCAGUAUCCUUUCUAAGCUGGUAAACUUUAGUAAACUGCUUUAAAUAUAAUAUACUUUCGAUAUUUAUAUCAAUAAUAUGAAAUAAAUUAUACUAAAUAAUUUGUCAAACA